AUGUUAGGGAACUCCUUAGCUUCACCUUUGGCAACAUUGGGUUCUGCAAAAUGCUUCCAUCACUCUUUUGUUCUGCAGGGAGAGUUUGCAACAUACACUAAUCUUUCACCAUUGAGCUUUAACUCGUCUUCAUAUCAUGGUUUGACUGGAAGAGUAAGGACAUCACGAAACAAGUGGAUAGUGGUUUGUUCAACAACGCAAGUGGAAACCUCUAGUGAAGAUCCAAAGACAUGGGAAGAAUGCAAAGAAGCUCUGUCUUGUUUUGAUUUCAGUGUAGAGGAGAAAGACAAGAUACUAGGAAAAGCGUUUGGCCAUAUCCACUCGCCUUACUGGACCGAGGAACGAGCGAAAGAGAGUCCAAAGGUGGAAACUUUGAAUCGAAUACUUGAGUUCCUUAGAAGUCUCGGUUUGUCGGACGAAGAUCUUCACAAGGUGGUGAAGAAGUUCCCGGAAGUGCUUGGUUGCAGCCUAGAAGAGGAGAUGAGACCAAACAUUGGGAUCUUGGAGAAUCAAUGGGGGAUUACGGGUAAGUCGCUGCGGAAUCUGUUGCUUCGGAAUCCCAAAGUGUUGGGAUUUAAUGUGGAUUGUAAAGGAGAUUGUGCAGCUCAGUGUACUCGGUGUUGGGUUCGGUUUUAG